AUGGCUGUCGCUGCCCUCACCUCCGCGGUAGAUGCGUGGCCCCAAUGGCCACGUGCGGACAGCGGUCUAAGCAAUCUCGCCAAGAAGAUGCCUGCGAACACUCUUCCAGCACCUACUGAUCUCGAACUGAAAUAUGUCUUGCUUGGUGUCGGUACACAGAAUUAUACUUGCCUGACCGGAAACGCCGCGGAUGCGCCUGACACAACUGGAGCAACUGCCAAACUCUACGAUCUCGGCACGAAGCUGAAUAACGAUCCUCUUGCGCAGUGGAAGAUACCCGCUAUCUCUGGCCUCGCACUCUCCCUCUCCGCGUUUGGCACCUGGCAGCUUGACAUGUACCUCAACGCUGAAGGCUACAACCAAUGGUUGGGCAACCACUUCUUCACUUUGAAGGUUCCGACCUUCUCCCUCUACAAGACCAAGACAACACCCCAUCCUUUGGCCAUGGUAGCGAAGAAGGCAGAUCAAGAUGCGCCCAAAACGGCUUGUCAGGGUACUACAGGCGAAGGUGCCGUCAAGUGGCUGUACCUUGCCGAUGACACCAACCUGUCGGUGGGAGGUGUCAACACAGUCUACAGACUCGAGACUGCCGGCGGUAACAAGCCGGACACGUGCCAAGGCAUGCAAAACUACUUCGAGGUUCCCUACGCCGCCCAAUACUGGGUGUACGGUCCAAAGGCAUAA